AUGAGUGACAUUCCGAUCGUGAAUUGGCAAGAUUGGAUUCAUGUCGGACAGCUUCAUCCGACGACGCGUGGUUACGAGUAUCUAAGUGAUGUUCCCCCCGACUACCGGCCCUGGUUCAAUAUUGGACCCGAUCUCGACGCUAACCUCGACACGGACGACAGCCAAUCAGAGGCAUCAAACGACUCCCGCAACGAUAGGGUUGCCGACGUACUCGCCGAUCCCGAGUCAGGCUCAGACAGCGAGGAAGAACCGGACCCGGCGCGGAUGCUCGCUGUCAACACAGCUGAAGCGCUCCUCUGGUUGUAUCAAAACGGGCACCUCAACGACAGGGCCGGCACCAGACGACGAGAACUUCAAUGCCCCGAAUGCAACAGAUGGGUCCAGACGUGCCUGGCUCCCUCAGUCGACACGUUCUCUGCCCCGGAGCACCUACAAUCCCUCUCCCAGCACAGGGGCAGCCACAGCUGCCGCUUCAAUUUUACAUAG